CACUAUUUCUAUACGCGACGCUGUCCGAGGUAGGCGAGUUUUGAGCAGUUGAAAAGCCCGUAAAAUAGUGCAAAAUAAUAACUAAUUUUAAGUGCAACGUGUAAAUAGAGGCAAUUCAGAUCGCGAAAAAGUUCCGCGAGCACAUAAUUUGAGAUUGGAAAGUGGAAAGUACGGGAACUGGGCGAGAAAAGAAAACGCAAAAACGUGAGACUGUGUGCGUGCGAAGAAUUUUCCGUCUCCCUCGCACUAAAGUGGAGCGCACUCAAUUAUUUUGUGGAUGGAGUGGAACACAAACAACAAGAACCACAACGACUACAGCAAUAACAAAAGCGACGACACAGCAACAAAAACAACAGCAAUAGCAACAACAGAAUUAAACGCAAAUGCAAAAAAUGUUGAGGGAAAGAGAGCGAAAAGCAAGAGAACAAUAGCAAAAGCAUUAGAAUGUAAUGCAACCGAUGGAAUAAAUAGAGUACAAGUACAAAAAUUGCAUUGGAAAUUGAAAUUCGUGCGACAAAAGCGGACGAUUGCAGAAAUUUUCAAAACUUGGCAGCCAUAUUUACUACAAAAGCAACGCCGUUGUAAAAAUACGUGACAAAACGCUUACACACACAUACUCUCAUUCGUACACCCACACACAGUUGCGCUCUCACACACACACACACACACACACACGGGCGAACCGAAAGAGAGAGGGAGAGAGAGAGACGCGAAUGUGAAUUAACAAACAAACAAAAAUAUUUUGCGAAAAAGACAAACACAAAAACUAAAGCCAAUAAAGUGUAUUACAUAAACAAACGGAGCUCCGAUAUCGAAAUAAAUAUUAUGGAAAUCGCACCACUGAUCAACAACGCCGUCGCUGUCGUCACAGCCUCUGCCUCUGCCGCCGUCUCUGCCUCUGCUAGCGUCAGCAGUAGCAGCCAGGAUGAUAACGUCAACAAUCUGGCUCUACUCGCGUCGCUGACUUUACAAAAAGUGCUAAAUAUCAACAAUAACAAUAACCAGCGCAUCAAAAACCAUAACCACAACCACAGCCACAUUAGCGAUAGCAAACAACACGAGCAACAAAAACAGCAGCAGCAACCACAACCACAACGACGAAACCUCGACACUAAGAGCGAGAAUGAUGUACUAAACAAAUUGCUAAAAACUGGAGCUGUUUUCACCGCCACGCCCACAGCGCCCAUUGCCAUCGAAAGGAAGAAGCAGCAGCAGCAACAUCAAUAUGCACAACAGCCACAUCAACAGCAGCAGCAGCAGCAGCAAUACAGCGCACAGAAGCAACGCCUCAACUCAUCCAUAUCAUCGACCCACUCAUCGACAUCAACGAACUCCUCAUACGGCAGCUCAUCCUCGGAGGAAGCCGCGGGCACAUCAGCACCAUCGGCAGCAGGUGCAUCAGUCACAUUGGGAGCAUCAACAGCAAGAGCAAGUACCACGAAGGCGUCCAGCAAUAAAUUGCCAGAGAAAUCGAAAAUUCCGUCCGAUAUACUUGAUGAUCUGGCCAGUCGAUUUAUAAUCAAUGUUCCGGACAUGGAGCUUAACAAUCUAAUACGAAUGUGUUUCCAAAUCGAACUGGCCCAUUGGUUCUAUUUGGAUUUCUUUUGUGCCCCCGAAACUGGAGAGGAUGGCGAGACCCCUAAGUGCGUGCAGCGAAAGCUGCCAUCGGUGGGCAUCAAGCAGUUUGCAAUGCAGUUGUUCCAACACAUUCCCUUCCUGAACAAACAUUUUGGCACCGUGGAUCAAAUCCUGGACGAGUGGAAGAACUACAAGCUGUCGGUGCCCACUUAUGGAGCUAUUCUGGUGUCCGAGGAUCACAAUCACUGCUUGCUAGUGCAGUCCUACUUUGCCCGCAACUCCUGGGGAUUUCCCAAGGGCAAGAUCAACGAGAACGAGGACCCAGCCCAUUGUGCAACGAGAGAGGUUUAUGAGGAGACCGGGUUCGAUAUCACGGACCUCAUCGAUGCCAACGACUACAUCGAGGCUUUCAUCAAUUACCAGUACACGCGGCUGUACGUGGUGCGCAACAUACCGAUGGACACGCAAUUCGCGCCACGCACCCGCAACGAGAUCAAGUGCUGCGACUGGUUCCGCAUCGAUGCGCUGCCGGUGAACAAAAACGAUGCCAUAUCAAAGGCCAAGUUGGGAAAGACCUCCAACUCCUUCUUUAUGAUUAUGCCGUUCGUAAAGCGCCUGAAGAAGUGGGUGAACGAUCGGAAGGCCGGAAUCGAGCCGCGUCGCCGCAAAUGCUCUGGCCAGCAAUCGCCAAAAGCGGCCUCGCCCACGAAUAUCAACGGGAGCUGCAAGAAGGACGUCGCAGGAGUGCGCAAUGAAUCGCGACGCCAGAGACACAAGUCCAUGGGUGACUUGGAUGGCGUCAAGUUAAAUAAUCUCAAUGGCAAGGGGACCGCUGGAGCGGGAGUGGGAUCGACAGCUCCCGCCUCUGCCACCGCUGCCAUCAACUCGAUGAACAUAUGCAAUAGCAAUGGGAAACGCAAUAAACAAAAUGCGGCUGCGGGCAGCAAUCAGGCAACGCCAACUACAAUAGCCACGCCAGUGACGUCAAAUGGAGCCGUCGGAGGCGGUACUGUAUCCUCGAAGCGUCAACUGUUCCAUAGCCAAAGUCAGAACGAUGCGCAGCAAUCGGCAAGCAAUGAGAAGCAGAUUGUCAGCUCCUUCGAUUUAAUACGCAAGGAGAAACAGCAACAACUUAAGGCAGCAAAGGCGCAAAAGCAACAGCAGCAGCAACAGCGAUUGCGCACCAAGUCGCAGAGUGAUAAGCAGUACAAUCCACAGCAGCCAGUCAAAAUCCUGGGACAACAGCAGCCCACCACGGGCAUGGACUUGAUAGCCAUGCUAUCGGCAGCUGCGGCAGCUCAAAAGACAUCAAAUAAGGAGCAGCAAACACAACAACAGCAGCAUCAGCCACAACGACCACGACCAGCUUCUGUGUCGCUUAACCUUGGAGCAGGUAGUGCUACCACAAACCAUGCAACACCAUCCGCUCCGGAUGCCCAGGACAUGCAUAAGCUGCAGCGCAUGGCCUCGGGCACAAAUUUGAGGAUUCUGAAGCGGGCACAAUCGCAGCAGCCGCAGCAGCAUCAUCAGCAACAGUUGCAACUAGAACAGCAACAGCAGCAGUUGGGAACUGAUUUUACGCCAAAUUUUAAUUCGUGGACGAAUUUCUCCUUUACCAAGAACUUCAUAGCAAAUGUGUUUUGCUAAACUUUUUAUACAGUCAAAAACUUCCUUUCAAAAUUCUCAAUUGAUGCAUUUCCCCACAAAAGGCUCGGUUACCGGGAACACCAAAUAGUAUAGAAGGCUCUGUGGAGUUUACGAACUCGCGCUUUGGGUAGCAGAAAUUUUGGAGACUUGCCAGUAAAUGAAAGCAUGCCAAUUGCAUUUAACAAGUUCAUUUGUUAUAAAACUAACACUACAACUACCAACACUAUGGACAACUAAUCAUGUCUAGUCCUAGGCCUUGGAGACUAUGUAUAUAAGUAAAGUUUCUCGAUCUCUGAACUGGGGAUCAAGCUUUUCCAGACAUAUAUUCUACGUUAGGGAACUGCAAGCACACUUAAACUCGAAAUUGAAUGCGAUCAAUUGUAUAAGACAUUUUUAAUACGAGAAAGAACAAGAUUUUCAUACCGAAAAAAAAAGCAUAAACGAGAGUCUUCCGCUCAGCACACGUAAAGUAAUAUUUUGUAAUAACACUACAAUCGCUGUUCGACUUUAAGACCGAAGUGAGACCGAACAGAUUGAGUAUAAUUAUGUUAGAAUCCUUCCUGUAAGCUAAAAAGUGUUUAUUGUGAGCCAAGUGAACCAAGCCUACUUCGAGCAGAGUGCUCGCCGUUUGAACGUAUUUUUAGAGAAAUCAACAAAGUAAAUCUAACUUAACUAAAGCGUAGCUUUAAAACGCCCUGAGUACAGAUCGUUGUGCUUCAAUUUCAAAGUCCACAGUUGACUUCUAGCAGGAGCAAUAAAACGCUUCGGCGGGGCAAGAAUAAGAUGGUUAACAAAUAAUAUUUCCGGGCCGUAUUACUUACUGCCCGCCCCCACCUAAGAAAGAUAGACGAGAGAGAGAGAGAGAGAUGUGUAAGAAAGAAUACAAAUAAUAACAAUGUAAAUAAUUAAAUUGUGAUAUAGUAUUUCUUAGCACAAUUGUGAUCUUAACAAACGGCUGGCAACUACAAAAACUUUUAUAAGCGAACCACAACACCAUUUUAAUCAAUCAAAACAAUGCCCCGCACACAAACCGUUCAAAAUUAAGACCCACUUUCCCACAAUCAGGGGCAAUAUCAGGCAUAUCUCAGCAGCAAAGUGUUUCGUCAAUUUUUGACUGACAUCUUGGGAAUGUGAAGCUAAACAUGAGAAAACAAAACAUUUAACGAAUUUAAAUUAGUUUAAAAUUGAAUGCUUAAAACGUCUUCAAUCAUAAGACGUUUGUAUGAUAUAUACGAUGAGAGGUAGAUGUAUUUGAGCGACUUGUAAUUUUACGAAAAGCAAAACGGAAGUAUAUUUUUGUGAGCCACUAGUGCGUAAGAACGGGGGAGAGAAGCCUUUUUAAGAAAUGUUAAGUCUUUUGAUACCUGCGCGUAGAGUUCGUGAUGGUUUUCAGCCAGGCCAAGUUUCCUAUAAUUCGUAAGCAUGUCAGCAUGUUAACUAAUUCCUCCUUCAAACAAACGUAGUCUCCAAUGUGUGAAACAGUUGCCUAUUAGCGUUUAUCUUUAGACUAAGCAAUGACCAGCAAUGUCUCCAAGGUGGUAUCAUCAGAGCCUAUAAGUUUACAGCACCGAAAAUCAAAAGAAGUUCCCUGUAACUCGGUCUUUUGUGUACAAUUUGAAUGUAGUUCUUUAAGCGUAUCAGCCAAAAACAGUGAGAAAUUUGCAUUUGCUUUAAAUCUUUUACCAUUGACUUUUAAAGCUUUUUGAAAAGCCAUAUUAACUUUUAUUUUAUAUGUUUACUUAAUGAGCUGCAAAUCUGUUUUAAACACUUCUAUCCUAAUUUGGAUUUGGAUUAUACUUCAUUUUUAUUAAAAACCUAUAGUUUAAACUUUUAUUUUUUGGAAACACUCAAGAUCCGUUUCCAGCCGCCCUAGACAAAUGCCCAACGAAGUUGACAAUAAUUUUUAUCCAUUCUUAUUUGAUGCCUUCUUUCUUCUUUCUCGUAAUAUCAAAACGAACUUAACUUCUUUGGCCAUUUGUCUGGGCCAAGUGACAAACAACAUCAAACUUAUCCAGCAAGCAAUGAAUAUCAAACUACAAGAACAGCGUUGUUUACACAGCUUGAAAUUGCAACAAAGCCAAGAAUUAAAUAUUGUAACAUUUUGUUGUAAAAAAGAAACCAACUCUAAAGUGAAACAUUUUAAAUAUGAAUCCAAACAAACCGACUCCUCAUUUAAUGAUGAACUGCAUUACAAUUUUACCAAUCCAGAAACACAUAUUAUACUUUAAUUUCAAUUUUUGAACAACCAUAGACAUAGCAUUAGUUAACUUUAGUAAAGGGCUCCUGGAACAACAACCGACCACAUUAAGUUAAUUUAAGUGAAUGUUGGAUGCGUGAGGACUUGCUAUACUGAAAUCUUGCCAACAACUGAAAGUCAGAACCGCCCGACGAUCGGAGUGAUCCGAGUUACGGCUCCGAGCUAAAUUUGCUAUGCAUUUUAACCAUUGUAUCGAACAUAAACAAACCAAAAACAAAUCUGUAAACACGUCCAAUACAAAAUCAAGGAGGAAUGCACGAAAAUAGAUUUUCUGUCAAUGAUGUGGAAAAUAACCCUGAUUUUUUGGUUGGGCAAUCUAUUCUAGUGUAAACACCUUCAAAAUCAUACGAUAUCAAAAAUACAAUUUGUAGAAUUUAAUGCCAAAACAACCAAAUACAAAAUCCAAGUUAACUCUUCAAUCAAGAACAAUUGUAACGUAAAAAGAUUAUUAAAUAACUUAUUUGUGGCAAUAUAUAUUUCCAACGUUUUCCCCCCAAAAAUUUCCGGCAAUAAAUUGAUGUACCAAGUUUUAAAACAA